CGUUUUGCCGUUUCAUUCUUCAUUUGCUGUCAAUCUCAGACCCUGACACACACGCUCCGCCAUAUUUGGCUUUCGCAUCAAACCAUAACAAAGGAACACGUCAAAAUGAACAUGUCGCAACUUCCGCUCAAUGCACCGCCGUCGUCAACAACCAUCGACUCGAGCAGCAGCAGCAGUGUGAGCACAGCGCCACCGCCGCCGGCGACCGUGAUGGACUCGCUGUGGGCGGUCGGGUACAGGGUGCUCGGCGUCAUCGACUACCUUGGCGAGACAUUCACAGGCUGGCUCGGCAUCACGUCGCCGCGCUAUCAGUACGUCAUUGACGAAAUUGAGCGUCGAAAGCGACUCGAGCUGGACGAGGACGAGCAGGAAGAUCAGGUCGCGACCGCUCGCAUUGCCAACGAAGAGGCCGCAAUGCAGCCCCAGCAGCAACAGCCUCAAGCACUACACAAGCAAGCACAGCCCAAGCCAUAAUGCACACAAUGCACAAUGCAGCCAAUCCUAGUUCACCCGAGUCAUCAACACGCACGAGUUUUGAAGUUGAAGGGAAGCUCCGGCGAACUCUGCCAAGUUUAGAAAGACGCUGAGCUUUUUGUCUGUGUCUGAGAAUGAUUUUUUUGUACAAUAAGUCACUUUGUGUUUUAACGUG